GAUACAGAGUGCACCAUCCCAGAGCAGCUAUCCCCAGCCAAGCACUGUCAGGGGCUGUUUUCUGUCUGGUGGGCCAGAGGACACUGACGUAGAAGAUGUGUGAGGAAGAGGACAGCACUGCACUCGUUUGUGACAAUGGGUCAGGGCUCUGCAAAGCUGGCUUCGCUGGGGAUGAUGCUCCAAGAGCAGUUUUCCCUUCCAUUGUGGGUCGUCCCAGGCACCAGGGUGUGAUGGUUGGUAUGGGUCAGAAAGACAGCUACGUAGGUGACGAGGCUCAAAGCAAGAGAGGAAUCCUGACCUUGAAAUACCCGAUAGAACAUGGCAUCAUUACAAACUGGGAUGACAUGGAGAAGAUCUGGCAUCACUCUUUCUACAAUGAACUCCGGGUUGCACCUGAAGAACACCCAACUCUGCUGACUGAAGCACCAUUGAAUCCCAAAGCCAACCGUGAGAAGAUGACCCAGAUUAUGUUUGAGACGUUCAAUGUGCCAGCCAUGUAUGUAGCUAUUCAAGCCGUUCUGUCCCUCUAUGCUUCUGGACGUACCACAGGGAUUGUGCUUGACUCUGGGGAUGGGGUCACCCACAAUGUGCCAAUUUAUGAAGGCUAUGCCCUGCCACACGCCAUCAUGCGUCUGGACCUGGCUGGCCGUGACCUGACAGACUACCUCAUGAAAAUCCUGACGGAACGUGGAUACUCCUUUGUGACCACUGCGGAGCGUGAAAUUGUCCGUGACAUCAAGGAGAAGCUGUGUUACGUGGCCCUGGACUUUGAAAAUGAGAUGGCCACUGCUGCAUCUUCCUCCUCUCUGGAAAAAAGCUAUGAGCUUCCUGAUGGUCAGGUGAUCACCAUUGGAAACGAACGCUUCCGCUGCCCAGAGACUCUCUUCCAGCCAUCUUUCAUUGGCAUGGAGUCUGCUGGCAUUCAUGAAACCACUUACAACAGCAUCAUGAAAUGCGACAUAGACAUCAGAAAGGAUCUGUAUGCCAACAACGUGCUGUCUGGAGGCACCACAAUGUACCCGGGUAUUGCAGACAGGAUGCAGAAGGAAAUCACUGCUCUGGCUCCUAGCACUAUGAAGAUCAAGAUCAUUGCUCCUCCUGAACGCAAGUACUCCGUCUGGAUUGGAGGUUCUAUUCUUGCCUCCCUGUCUACUUUCCAGCAGAUGUGGAUCAGCAAACAGGAAUAUGAUGAAGCUGGGCCAUCCAUUGUUCACCGCAAAUGCUUUUAAAUUGCUUUAUCUUUAUAUGUCUCCUUAGUGUGAAUGUAUUCAGGAAAAUACAUUCUGAUCAUUUCAUUCCAUAAAACCUUCAUCGCAAUUCACCUAAUUAAUUGGAUACUGUGUAUUUUUUUUAAUAAAUUCUAAAUAUGCUUUGAAA